CUCUAGUGUGCCUUGAACUCUAUCGAUACAUUCUCGUACCAUACUCAAGUAUCGAGCAAACGAGAUGGCUUUCGGUGACUAUCCAGCUGAGUAUAAUCCGAAGGUGCAUGGACCUUAUGAUCCAGCACGCUACUAUGGCAAAGCUGAUGUGCCCUUCGGCCAAGUUAAAUUGGGAGAGUUGGGCUCCUGGUUUGGACGCCGCAACAAGACUCCAAGCGCCAUUGCUGGCGCCGUUAGCCGUGCCUGGUGGCGCUGGCAGCACAAAUACGUGUUCCCCAAGCGUGCUGGCAUUGCACCCUUCUUCCAACUGACCGUCGCCAGCAUGACGUUCUUCUACUUGAUCAACUAUACCAAGUUGAAGCACCACAGGAACUACAAGUACCACUAAGCGGUUCAUCUCGUUUAAGCUCUUCAGUGUACACUUUGUAAUUAUAACUUUAUUGUUGCCAUUCGGUAAAGUGGGAGAGUUAAAAACACACAACACACGACAACACAAUACAUUUCUUGUUUUGAAGACGGCCAAUUCUAAUAAAAAUGUCUGCGAAUAACUGUGCUGCACCAAA